CUUUACUCGAUCUUCCGUCACCCAGGAUUCCUCAAGGCUGAAUUUUGAGGCAAAUUCUCCGGUAGAUUUAUCAGGUGACUGAAUGGUGCAGGCGGAGGGGUUGAAUUGCUGCUCCAUCUCCUCGGCAGUUUUCUUCUUGUUGAGGAGAAGGAAAAUGCAUUAAAUUGGACUGUAGAUAUUUUUUGUAGAUUAGAGAAGCAACACACAAAUGUUGCCCAAGUAAUUUCAAUGUAAAAGGAAAAUUUAUUUUCUUUACUUAUCGCUUUAUAUUCAAUGGAUAUUGCAUAUUACUGGAUAAACCUUUUCAUUGUUUUGUGAUACUACAUGUGAUCGCUUGCCAAUUUAUCAGGCUCUUGUGGACAUCCAAUAUGGAAAGAUGUAACUUUAAUUUGCUUCUUUUGCAUAUAUUUCCUGAAAAUUUCAUAAAUAGUGUAGUGCUUCCAUUUCCUUAAUGGAAACUACUCGGAAAGUCUGUGAUGGUUUGAUCUAGAAGGGAGGGCCAUUGGCUUGUAUUCUUCGGAACUAUAAGCAUUCUAUAUUUGUGCAUGCCUGAAAAAGGAAAAACAAAAAAAAAACCGAAAAAAACCUGGUUUAGAUUAAAAUCAGAUUAUGUUGUGAUGUUUUAUGUUCACAGGAGGCCUGUAUUAAUGCUUGGGCAUUAAUUAUUAAAACUAGUUUGAACUACAUAAUUUAUCUUUUCAAUUAUAUGAUUUCUGUUAUUGCAGACUAGUAGAGACCCACAUAUUUUCUUUUGUUGUGGGAAGAGCAUUUGUAACAGAUAUUGAAAAGUUUAAGCUUAGCAGUAAAACAAGAGCUUUGGAAGCUGAGAAAGUUUUGGAAUUUUUCUCAGAAAUCACAAAGGUUUUAGCACAUAUUAAAAGUGAAAAGAUAUGCCUCCUUGCAGGUUCCAUGGACUUCUGUAUUUCUAUGACAACUGACAUUCUUCUUUCUCUGCAGGAUGGCUUUAGACCUGGUGCUAAUCUAUUGCAUGCAGUGGAAAUCCUAGUAUCUGGGUCUGUUGAUAAUCAAUCAUUUCUAGAUUCUGGAAUCUUAUCGUGUUUGAUUCAUGUGCUGAAUGCUCUUAUUGCUCCCGAUGGUGGCAACCAUUCCAAAGAGCCAGUUGGCGUGCUGGAGGUCCUAUUAGAUGAUUUGAAGCAACAUAAGUUUCAGCUGGGUCCCGAGCAGUUUAGUGAUAACCAUGGCCAGUUGGAAAUAGAAGCUAGCUCUAGCAGCUUCCAGAAGCACCUAGACACCAAGGAUGCUAUCAGUUCUUCCCCAAAACUCUUCGAAUCUGGUUCUGGAAAAAUCCCUCCUUUUGAUAUGGAGGAGAUAGUUUCUGUUGCUUGGGACUGCUUAGUAUCCUUGCUCAAGAAAGCAAAAGCCAAUCAAGCACCAUUUUGUUCUGCUAAUGGUUUUGUGAUUGCACUUCCUUUUAUAGUCUCUGACAUCCAUCGUCCAGGUGUUCUCCGGUUGUUGUCAUGUUUGAUUAUGGAGGAUGUCAAGCAGGUCCAUUCAGAUGAAUUAGGUUCCUUGGUUGAGAUUUUAAAAAGUGGGAUGGUUACAAGUGCUUUGGGAUCUCAAUAUACUCUUCAAUAUGAUGCAAAAUGUGAUGCUUUUGGAGCCCUAUGGAGGAUAUUAGGAGUUAAUGGCUCAGCACAGAGGGUUUUUGGCGAAGUGACUGGUUUUUCUCUUUUAUUAACUACCCUUCAUUCUUUUCAAAGUGAUGAAGAACAGAACAAAGAGCUGACAAAUUCUGUUGGAAGUAAAAUCUUUACAUAUAUGAUGCGCGCAAUGACUGUUGCAGUUUCUGACAAUGCUGUCAACAGGACAAUGCUAUCUGGUUAAUUUGCGUUGAAAGUGAAUGCGUAGUUAUACAGUUGUUUCUUGAACUUUCACUUGAGUUGGUUCUUUCACCAUCUCUAAUGCUGGAAUCUACGACGGUAUCUCAUAAUACUGGGAAUGAAUCCACUUGUUUUGUUUCGACAACACAAUCAGGCUCUUUUGCUCCUGAGAAAGCACGGGUGUUCAAUGCUGCUGCUGUCAGGGUGCUCACACGUGCUUUGCUGCUGUUCACUCCAAAGGUUCAGCUAGAAUUGCUUAACCUUAUUGAAAAGCUUGCUUAUUCCAGUUGCUUCAAUCAGGAAAAUCUAACAUCAAUAGGUUGUGUACAAAUUCUUUUGGAGAUUGUAUACUCCAUUCUGUCAAGUUUUCUCCUUUGGUUUCUCAUUCUUUGAAGGUUGUAGAAGUUCUUGGUGCCUACAGGCUAUUAGUAUCAGAGAUUAGAAUUCUUGUUCGAUACAUAUUCCAAAUGAGGCAUUUGAUUGAAAGAUUGAUUCUUUCAGAGCAUAUAGGAUCACAAGAUGUGUCUCUUGCCCCUUUUUGGAGUUGGACAUGAGCAAGAUAGGCCAUGCUUGCAUUCAAGUGCCACUAGGGGAAAGAUCGUGGCCCCUUGCUACUGGUUAUUCUUUUAUAUGCUGGUUUCAGUUCAAAAACUUCUUAAAAUCUUCAUCAAGGGAGAGCGAAGCUCUUAAAGCUACUCUUAGAAGACAAAGUGGACAAUAAUUUGUAGGCCAGGUUUUAAGGAUAUUCUCUGUUGGAAGCUCGUUUUAUGCAGAGCUUCAACUAGAUGAUGAUGGGCUUGUAAUUCUUGCAACAAGCUUUUCAAUAUUCUCGCACAAACACAAUUUAAUUGGCUACGAAUUUUUUUUUAAAAAAAUUA